CUUUGUGAGCCACGGCGUGCAGCACCCGGCGCUGCAGCUAGAGAAGCCAGGAAGCUACUCCCGCCCAACCCGUCGACCCACCCACCCAGGGUCCUACCAACUUUCCUGAGUCACAUCAGGCCCAUGGCCCGCCCGGUUCCACGAAGACAGCGAUAGCCCGUCGACAAUGUCCACCUCCUCCUCUUCUUUUCACCUUGUCUUCGACACCACACUCCAUUCGUCACCACCACCACCAAGCGCACCCCUCCGCCAAAUCCUUUGCGCCCUUUGACUACUCGCACCUACCGUUCCGCCCUUCGCCAUCCUCCGAUAGACAUAUCGCACGCCAGACCACUCCCUUCUACACUCCAGCCAACCCCGCAUCGACUGCUCUUACCACCCUGUAUGCCUCACCGACACGCCAACACACUCGCAUCCUCCUCAUAGCAUCGGCUUCCCCUCUCCGCGCUCCUGCUCGCCAUGAUCGAGGGCGUUGCCAGGCGCACCUACGGGCUAGCGACUCGCACAACGCAGCACCGCAACGACUCGCCCGCUGUCACACCAGCAGAAGAGUUUGAGUCGUGGCUUCCAGAUGAAGUCUGCGUAGCUUGCGGUGCUCAAGCUCCUUCUCGUCAACUCUACUGCUCAGCAGAGUGCAAAGAGUCGGAAGAAUCAAAGCAAACCCAGCCUCCUAUGUCCUCUUCAUCCACCACCACGUCGUCGUCCGCCAUCGGUUCGCCCAGGGACACCAACCAUGAUCCCUUGUCUCCGCGCAGCCGCCCGAGCAUGGCCAACCUCACAUCACCUUCAACUUCAGCCAAGCUGGAUGGACCCACCGACCUCCGCUACCACUACCCGCAGUCAUCACCACUUCUUCUCGCCCAACGCAAGGCGUCAUCGGCGGCUGCCUUUGACAAGGCGCUCCUCGCUCACCGACUACGCCAAGCGCAAGGCGGCAACUCGAGCAGUGACGACCAAGCCGAUGCUGGCAUGCGUCGUAGAGGCUCCUCUCGCAGCUCGAGCGCUUCGUCAAUUGCAUCGUCAUCGGCCCUCUUGACGGAUCCAAGCACUCCUUCGCCAGCAUUGGGCUCUGCAGCCGUACGCAAGCACCGAUCUGCAAAGGCUCGCUCGUCGGAUCUCAGCACCGAAAGCAGCGAGGACGAUGACGCGGAUCUCAAUGCAAGCGACUUCCAGCUGCCGCCAUCGGUCACACCCGCUCUCAACACCGCCGCCGUGAUGAUGAACCGACCAAACCACGAAGAGCAGCAACAGCAGCAGCAUCGCCAGCAGCCCGCUUCUCUGGCCUGGGAACGUGGAUAUGCUUCACCACCUCAUCAAAUGCAGCAUCGCACCGCAUCGGCUUCUCACCACCAGCAGCACGGACCGCCAAUCUCUUCGCGCAACAAGGUGGCAUCCAUGUCGUUUGCUCGUCGUCCUAGCAGCACGAACCUCCCUGCACCUGUUCUCUAUUCGCCCGCACUUUCGGCCAAAGCGUCAAGGGUCAGUCCCCUCCUGCAAAGCGACAAGGCUCGAGCCAUCGCCUCUGGUACGGCCAAGCCAGAUGUGGCGCGAACAUCAACCGCACGAAGAUCAUUCAAGAAACACGCGAAGAUGCUCUCAAUCGCCGGAGCGAACCCUGCGGACGCUAAUCUUUCUCGAUUGUCAGGUGACGACGAGACAAUGACCCUUUGCAGAGGUCAGAGCGCAAGGCUCGCAUCUUGCCCUCAACAAGAGGUCCGAGCGUCGCAGCCGGCCCCCUCUUCUUCUUUGUCCCUCGGUGGCAGCACCAGCCUUGGCGGCGGCGCAGCUAGGCUUGUCCCUGGCUCAGGCACUAUGACCUCUGGCGUCAUGAACCGAUCAAGCUCAGACCCAGUCCCUUCUCGCCGACCGUCCUCCGACGCUGUAUCCCCCGCAACAAUGCAGCACGAAGAAGGAUCUCAAGACGGCUCAUCGGCGGGUACAAAGACGCUGGCCGCCUCUCGCAACUCUCAAUUGGCUUCUCUUCGAUCACCAACACCAUCCGAGCUCUGCGGUAGGCCAGGCUGCGCGGGAGCGUUCAGCAACCGUCCGCUAGAGUCCUCCUCAGCAUCAUCAGCAUCACCCUCCGUGGCUCCCACGGCACACCGAAAGCCAUCGCUUUCGUCUUCCUUCACCGACCGCUCACAUCUUAAGAUCAUCGCUCCAUCAGGCUCUCCUCGCAGUCUCAACAGCAGGCGUCACCGACAUACGCACAGCGCACAGGCUGGUCUCAGCAUUCACGAUCACUUCAGCGCCAUGAGGUCUACUCUCCUCAUGACGCCCGCCAGAACCCCGCGAGAGCUGCCCAUUGCCUCUCCUCGACCCGCCGCUGCCGUCGCUUCCAUCGCUCCCUCUGGCAUGGUCUCUCCCUCUGCUGGCGCAAGCCACGCCGGUGGUCGAGGCAGGUCCAAAGUGCGGGACAGCCGUUCAAUCUCCCGUCGUAGCCGCAGCCCUCCUCGCGCAGCAGCACGCGGUCGAUCACAGGCCCUCGCUGCGGAAGAACGGGAGCGCAAACAGCCACGCCCAACCUCGCCGCCCAUCGAAGCCAUCAAGCCUAGGUCGCAGCCCAUUGCCAUCGGUAGGAGACCGAGCGGUCAGGCCGCCACGCUGAACAAGGGCUCCGUAUCCUCUUCUGCGGCGACUUCGAGCUCUGCUUCUGCCGCGCACGACGCCGAUGUCAGCACCGAGGAUGUGAGCCAGGGACGUGGGCGCGGCCGAUCUCCGACUAUCGAGCGACAGAAGCGUAACUCCGGCACGAAAGCGCCGCUAAACGACCUCUCGCAUCUUCAGCCGGCCUUCAAGCGUUCGGCAAACGAUGAGAGCGGCGACCCUGGCUUUGACGACAUCGAGCUCGAGCUCGGAGCCUGAACGGCGCCAGCGGCGCAAGCCCUGAUGUCUUGCACGGCGCCACCAAGUACGCUUUCACCUCUUAUCCUCACCUUCGCCUCUCAUCACAAUCAUCUCCACUUCGGUCCCCUUCCUUCAUUCCAAGCGUCAUCCCACUUCACUCCAGCAUUGCCCCCCCUUUCUGCCUCUGCUCCGCUCUGUCCUCAUGUCUCGCCCAUUGCUCUUCUCAUCUCACUCUCACAUGAAAGACCCCACCAACCAAAAGGAUUCAUUUCUCUCAAAGACGCGGCCACAUCAUCACCACCACGACUCAUCAUCAUCAUCUCUCAAAAAGUACACACGCACACAUUGCUUUAAUCACAAUCAUAUGAAAGAAGUCCGUGU